GCAGUGGCAUGCCAGCUACACGAGACAGAAGUCGAGGUGGAGAUACUUAAAAGCAAAGGCGAGGAAGACCACGUUCAGUUCCUCAUCACAGAGAAAGACAGUCACACCACUGACCAUAUCAGUGAGCAGGCCCAGGACCAUAUCGUUGACGCCGAGCCGAAGAUCAGUCCCCGCACCUUCUGCCAGGUGUGUCCCUUCCAUCUUAUGUUCGACAGGGACCUUUAUAUCCACCAGUCAGGGGAUUCCAUCUCUCGAGUUCUUCCCAAAGUGUGUUCCAGCGACGCCACGCUUGACCAACUCUUCGAUGUGGUGCGUCCCCAUAUGGAACUGAGUUUCGACAACAUUCUGUCUCACAUCAACACCAUCUAUGUCCUCCGCACCAAGGAAGGAUUGAUCUCAACACGUGGUGACAACCGUGACUUGGGUCCCGAUCAAGGUUGUCUCAGGAUCCAGGGCCAAAUGAUCUAUCUGCCGGAAACAGACAUCAUGCUCUUCGUUUGCUCUCCCUCUGUGUUAAACCUGGACGACCUUUACAGGCGAGGUCUCUACCUCUCAGACAUUCCACUACACGAUGCUACGCGAGACCUCGUCCUCCUGAGCGAGAAAUUCGAGGCUGAAUACAAUCUGACGACCAAUUUGGAGAUCUUGACGGACAAACUCCAACACACACACAGGGAGUUGGAGAGUGAACGACAGAAAACUGACAAACUGCUGUAUUCUGUGCUGCCAAUCAGUAUUGCCAACGAGCUAAGGCACAAGAGAAUGGUACCCCCUCGUAGGUACGAGGUGGUAACACUACUUUUCUCAGGAAUUGUAGGCUUUACUGAGUACUGCUCGAGACACACUGAUAUCGAAGGUGCGUCCAAGAUUGUUAAAAUGCUGAACGACUUGUACACUGCCUGCGACGUCCUCACUGACGAGGUCAAGAAUCCCAAUGUUUACAAGGUGGAGACGGUGGGAGACAAGUACAUGGCAGUGAGUGGUCUACCAGAGACAUGUGACCACCAUGCUAGAUGUAUCGCAAACCUGGCACUCGACAUGAUGGACAAGGCUGCAGGGGUCAUCGUCGAUGGCCAGCCUCUGCAAAUCACAAUUGGAAUCCAUUCCGGGGAAGUGGUGACUGGAGUGAUAGGUCAGAGGAUGCCCAGGUAUUGUCUCUUCGGUAACACCGUCAACAUCACCUCCAGGACCGAGACUACUGGUGAAAAGGGUCGCAUCAAUGUUUCUGAGGAUGCUUACAGGUAUCUACAGGAGCCAAAAAAUUAUGACCCGUGUUUCACCUUCACUUAUCGCGGCCCUGUACCCAUGAAGGGAAGGAAAGAGCCCAUGCAGGUGUGGUUUCUUAACAGAAAAAAAACCACUUGAAUAUUUCUCGCUACUCCAUUACCGUGAAAACGCAAGAAAGAGAAACACUUCUUAAGAGUUAAAUGGAACAAGACUUUAGAUAUAACAAGUGGUUCUUUUGGGUGAAGUUAAUAUUAAAAUAAUAAAUAAUUUAAGCAGGUGCAGCUGUAGUGAGAAUAAUUUGCAUGGCAACUCCGCCUUCAUUUGACUUAUAUGAACGUUUUUCUGCCUC